AAUUGAAAGUCGGUCAUGCCUGCUGUGUGGGUGUGGAUGCUCUUGGCGGUCAUGAAUCUGACACUCGGUCAGUUCAUUAGUGAUUACGCAGAUAAUGAGGCAUCCAAUAAUAUCCCACAAAAUCAUAUGCGAACCCAGCCCAAAUCUCGAAGAUCAUCGUGUAAAAAGUGCUAUCCAUAUCUCUAUCCAAAGAAGAACUACUACGUUGUGCAGAAGAGGACGGGUGAAAAAAAGCGUCAUAAUGUUGUAUUUCUGCUGGAAGAUCGGAAAACGGGACGUCCUGUAAAAGUGGCUUUCAAGCAUGGUCUUAGAAACAAUAAAAACGUUCGUGUUUUGAAGGGCUUUAAUAACACCAAUGAUCCAUGCCGAUAUAAGCCAGGUAGAUGUGUAUAUCGACUGUUCAAUCGGAAAAACUUUCGCACUUACAGAGUGGAUUUCCGAACGGGGUUUAAGAAUAGAAGGCGUGUUUCUGUAUUAAAGCUAAUACCAUGAAACCAUAAAGAGUUUAUUGAAAGCCGUAAGCAGUUAUAAACAUUGAAAAAAAGAAUUAUAAAAUUAACAGUUAAAAAAAAUGAAAAUACAACUUAUUUAAGGUAAUACCAUGAAACCAUAAAGAGUUUAUUCUAAGCCGUGUGCAAU